CGAAAAAGAAAUAAAGCAGGUCGUCUUCUCGAUCGCUCGGUUCGCCAUCUCGAAGCGCAGCAGCGGGCGGAGGAGAGAAGGAUGACGUUGUUCCACUUCUUGAACUGUGCCCUUCUCACCUUCGGCCCUCACGCCGUCUACUACACCGCUACUCCUCUAUCUGAGUAUGAUACAAUUGGAACUUGUGUCAAAGCUGCUAUAGUUUAUCUAGGAACUGCUUUAGUAAAGCUUAUAUGCCUGGCAACAUUUCUUGAAGUAUCUGACAGUGACAGCUUCAAUCCCUAUCAGGAAUUACUCAAGGCACUAAUUGGGUUUAUAGACGUAGCUGGACUUUAUUUUGCAUUGACACAGCUGACUCACAGAAACAUUUCUCAAAAUCAUAAGUUCCAGGCUGUUGGUCUUGGUUGGGCUUUUGCAGAUUCCGUUUUGCACCGAUUGGUACCUCUCUGGGUGGGAGCUAGAGGAUUAGAGUUCACAUGGGAGUAUAUAUUUCAAGGCAUUGAAGCAAAUGCAGAUCUGGUACUAAAUCUCUCUCUCGCAGCAAUUGGGUCGUUGAUGUGGCUCAGGAGGAACAAGCCCAAAACCUUGAUACCAAUCAUUUAUGCGUGUGCUGGUAUUCUUGCAACAAUGCCAUCUAUCACAAGCUAUCUAAGAAGGGCUCUAGGGUGGCAACCUCCAAAGCUAGUGGCUUUUGAAUUGAGUUCUUCAUUGGUGAUGGCCAUCAUCAGCUGGCAGCUUUUUUCUGCUUGCCAUAGACCAGUAUAAUUAUUUGCUGCACGCUCACCUGCCAAAUGUUUUGCUCGAGCGACUUGGCAAACAAGGGGUAGCGCUUACGGUAGCGAGUUUUAUUUCUGACUCUUUGUUUCUGCAUCUUAAAAAUACUACUAGUUGUCAUUCUAUUUCCGACGCAUUGUUACUGCAUCUUGAAAGUACCACUAGUUGUCAUUUCUUUAGCCUGGUCAUUCCAGUUAUAAAUCUCGCUUGCACAGAGUUUAGACUGAUUCGGAAUUGAAUUGAAUUUUGUAUGGUUCUGUUGGAUAAGUUGUAUCUAUAUUCCAUGUUACAAUUGAGGAGAUAACAUUAUUUA